GAGUAAACAGACUCAGCAGUGGAUGUUAACUUCCAGAGAUGGCGCUCUGCAAGGCGAUCUGCGUGGCGGCGUUGCUGACUCUGUUUACUCAAGAAUCUUCUUCUCAGCUAUCAGUUUGUGGUCAACCACCCCUAAACACCAGGAUCGUUGGAGGAGCGGUGGCUCCUGAAGGGUCGUGGCCCUGGCAGGUCAGUCUGCACAGCUCCUCGGGCCACUUCUGUGGAGGAUCUCUGAUCAACAACCAGUGGGUUCUGACUGCAGCUCACUGUGUCCCACUUGGCAACGCAGUCCCUAUCAGCGCCGUGUAUCUGGGCCUUCAGAGUCAGGAGGGAAGCAACCCAAACAAACAGAGUCGCACAGCAGCGCAGAUCAUUGUUCAUCCUGAAUACUCUGCUGCCACUGACGACAACGACAUCGCCCUGAUAAAGCUCUCCUCAGCUGUAACGUUCAACAACUACAUCUCGCCGGUCUGCCUGGCGGCGGCGGACAGCACCUUCUACAGCGGCGUCAACUCCUGGGUCACCGGCUGGGGCAACAUUGGAUCUGGUGCUCCUCUUCCAUCUCCUCAAAACCUCAUGGAGGUGGAGAUACCAGUUGUGGGCAACAGACAGUGUAAAUGUAGCGGCUAUGCACCGACCACCAUCACUGACAACAUGAUCUGUGCAGGAUUACUGCAGGGAGGAAAGGACUCCUGUCAGGGAGACUCAGGAGGUCCGAUGGUGAGCAAACAAGCUGGCCGCUGGAUUCAGUCAGGAAUUGUGAGUUUUGGCAUUGGCUGUGCUAACCCAAAUUUCCCAGGAGUCUAUGCCAGAGUCUCCCAGUAUGAGAGCUGGAUCAAAACCCAGAUCACCACCAACCAGCCGGGCUUCAUCACCUACACAUCUACCGGAACCAACAGCGACCUGAGCGUCUCCUGCUCUGGCGUGCCACCAAUCCCGACCCCCACACCUACGAUAUACUGCGGCCAGGCUCCACUGAACUCUGGCAUUCUGGGCGGUAGUUCUGUGGCGGCAGCUGGUGAGUGGCCGUCCAUGGCGAGUCUGCAGAAGAACGGUCAGCAUGAGUGUGGAGGAACUCUGGUGUCCAUGGAGUACGUCCUGAGCAACGCUGCCUGCUUCUCAGACUCUCCUAAUGUGUCUGAGUGGACGGUGGUUUUGGGUCGUCUGAAGCAGAAUGGGUCCAACCCAUUUGAGUCGUCAUUCAACGUGUCGAAUAUCACCAUGAGCAACCUGACCGGGUCCAACAUCGCACUGGUUCAGUUGUCCACACGCCCCACCCUGAGCAACUACAUCCAACCCAUCUGCCUGGACAGCGGCAGAACCUUCCCGGUCGGAUCCAACUGUUGGGCUGCUGGCUGGAGCUCUGGGCGAGGAGGAGUCGAGGAGCUUCUGCAGGAGUUUCAGACGUCGGUGCUAACCUGUGAAAAUGUUUCCUCCACGGAGAACAUCUGCACCACAGAGUUGACUCUGGAGAAGGGUGACCUUGGCGGUCCGCUCAUGUGCCAGCAGGACGGUUCUUGGUUCCAGGCCGCUGUUGUUCUGACCUUGAACGCCUCCACCAGCCGAACUCGAGCCAACACAAAUGUCUUCGUCAAACUCAGUACCUUUGACGCCUUCCUGACUCGGAUACUCGGGAACUUCUUGACUCCAGAACCCUCCGUUAAUGCCACCACCCCCACUGCCUCCGGCGGACACCCCGAGGCUCACUUCCUCUUCCUCUUCCUCCACAUCCUCAUCCUCCUCUUGUGUCUGCAGCUCUUCUCAUAGAAAGACCGGGUUUAGUGACUCUCCCUCAUGGGAGCCUAAAAUCUGACCGGAUCUUUCCCUUUCUACAUGUUUAAACGGGUUCUCUGUGGUUCUUUGGGUCGAAGGUGGAAGCAGAUCCUGGUUGAUGAAUCAAGUCUUUCUGAUGAUUUAUCAGCUGAUCCUUCAGGUUUUCCUUCCAAGGAGACAAAAUUAAAUGAGUCUUCAUCAAAAGUUCUCCGGAUUUAAAAUUAACUGAUUGAUUUUAUGUCUGUUUCUGGUUCAUAUUACAGUUUACAUAAUUAUCAAUAAAACCAUAUAAAUAUA